AUGGUCUUCAUGCCGUGCGACCUCCUCGAUUAUGUGGAGAUAGCGGAGCAGAUUGACUGCCCGGCUCCGCUCCCCGAAGGUCCGGCCGAUGCUCUCCUGAUGGAGAUGCUAGUCCCGGCGCCCUACAGGGUGCCAGAGAAGAAGGCCGCCAAGAAGGCCCCGAGGACCAGGAAGGGUCUCCGACGUAAGAUCACAUCGGAAGCCUCGUCCGAAGACGAUGAGGCGCUCUCCUCCCACGAAGGGGAGGAAGAAGAAGGAGGGGCCACCCCAUCCGGAGAGGAUGAGGGGCCUGAGAAGGCGGACCAGGGGGCCAGGAAAGGCCCUCAAUGCAAGGCCGUCAUACCCUCAUCGUCUGAUGACGACGAGACUGAUUCCUCCCGCGGAGGCGGGGGGAAACAGGAGGAAACCCUGCUUCCCCGCACUAAGGGGGAGAAGAAGAGGAAAGCCGCCCCGGAGGGGGAGGCUGGGACGUCCAAGAAGGGAAAGGUGUCCCUUCCGGACUACUCCGCCACAGCCGCCCAUAGCAAGGAGGGUCCGGCCAGGGUUCAUCCUGAGGUAUCAUCUUCGGAUGGAUCCCUGAGCGUUUCAGUGAUGAACUCGCUCCCGACGGCCACUACUCCUCAACCCGCAGAUGACACAGAGGUGUUGUCCCGAAGGCUCCUAGAGCGGGGGGAGGUGGCUCUAGAGACGCCCGGAGGCGGAAUUCCAGAUGUCGGACACGCGGGGUUCAAGAUCCCCGCGGAUCGUCCUGAUGAGAGCCGCAGCAAGCCGGACUCUCAUCCGGAUACUGAGCCGGAGCCUUCAGUGGCCCCGGAUGCUGGCAGGCGGCCCCUCACCAGGGAGGGCGAGCCGUCCGUGCCGAUGACUUCCGCCACGCCCGAGGCAUCGGAUAGUCUGCUGGGAGCGCUUCGCAGCGCUUCCAUAGAUGACGAGCACCGUACUCUUAUGGGUGCGGUGAUUCAGAAGGUUCUAUCCGCCAAGAGCGGACUGACCGAAGCGUGUACCAGCCUCCUGACAGGCUUUGAGGCUGUGCUGGUUGCCGCUGCUGCCCGCACAGCCGAGGUCGCCGAACUGAAGCGGGACCUGGAGCGGGCACAGGGAGAGCUCGACCUCACUAAGAGGCAGCUCGAAGAGAACAAAGGGGCCACCACCGAAGUGGCCUCUCUGAAGAAAGCGUUGUCCGAGGCCGAAGAUAAGGGGGCCUUGGAACGCAUAGAGCGCAGAAAGCAAGAUGCUAGAGUGGGCGAGGUACAACAAGAGCUCCGGGACCUCGGCAAGAAGUUCGAGUCCGUGGAGCAGGAUCUGAAGAUGAAAGAGGCCGAGCUUGCGAAGGCCCUUGUGAGUAUGAAAGACGCCAAGGCCGAAGCCGAGAAAGCACAGGUGGCCGAAGUGACUAUGAGAGAUUUCAUAGUCCGGAUGUGGCCUGGUGAGCCCCUGCCGGCUAGCUACUUCGGCCUGAUCAAGCGGAUGGUAAAUGCCUGUCCACGGCUCGAAGUCAUCAAGCGAUACGUUUGCAUUGAGGGUGCCCGCCGGGCCUUUGCCCGCGCGAAGGUGCAUUGGGGCAAGCUGGAUGCGGAGAAGCUGGUGAAGGACGGGCCGCCCGAGGGCAAGGCGCAUCGCUAUCUGGAGAACUAUUACGAUGGCGUUAUGAAGGGCGCUCAUCUUGUGGCCGAUGAAUGUACCAAGGACACAAUUUUUGAAUGA